UCCUUUUCUUCUUGCCCUCUUCUUUACUCUGACCUGUGGGUUGCGUUUUUCCUGUGGUUCACACCGCCACGUCCCGCCCUCUUCUUUGUCUCAUUCCGUCCGCUGCGUCGGUUCCUUUCUCUUUAUCUGUCUCUCUUGUCGUUUCUCUGCUCUUCUUUGGUUGCCGGAAGAGGUAGAUGUUGUGAGGGGAAUGGGGAUGGAUUGGGAACCGUGGCCGCCGUUGCAGCGCAAGAGCAACCACGUUUUCGUCAAGCUUCUCGUCCUCGUGCUUCUCCUCGGCCUCUCCUUCCGCCUCCUCUUCUCCCGCUCCGCCGUGUUCCUCCCCGUGUCGGAGUCACCCGCCGCCGUGGCCGAGACAGCAUCCUCCACGGCGGUGGUUGUCGGCGUCGUCGGGGAUGCAGAGCCGCGCGAAGGCUCACCAUUAACAGACUCAGCUGCUCCAGUUACAGAAGAGGUCUUCGAUGAUGGAAAGGCUUCUCAACAAGGCACCAUAAGCAAUGCAGAUAAAUGUGAUCUUUUUACUGGGGAAUGGAUCCCGAAUCCUUUGGGACCGGCAUACACCAAUGCAAGCUGCAGAUUUAUAGAAUAUCCUCAGAACUGUUUGAAGAAUGGGCGUCCUGAUACAGGAUACCUCUUCUGGAGAUGGAAACCACAUGUUUGUGAUGUUCCUCCAUUCAAUGCCGAGAAAUUUCUGAAUGCUAUGCGGAACAAGAGUUGGGGACUGAUUGGUGAUUCAAUUCUUCGCAACCAUGCACAGUCAUUGAUCUGUCUUCUUUCUAAGGCUGAAGAAGCUGUCGAGGUCUACCAUGCUGAUCAAUACAAAUCAAGAAGAUGGCUCUUCCCCUCUCACAACUUCACUCUCUCACUUAUCUGGACCCCUUUCCUGAUUAAAGCAGAGAUCUUUGAAAAUGAUGAUGGUGAGUCAAAAUCUGAAAAUAGGCUCCACAUCGACACCCUCGAUAAAAAGUGGACAAGUCAGUAUAACAACUUCGACUAUGUGGUAAUAUCUGGUGGUCAGUGGUUUUUGAAAACCGCAAUCUACAUGGAGAAUAACACAGUCAUCGGCUGCCACUAUUGCCCUAAGCUGAACAUGUCAGAAGUCAGUUUGGAGUAUGCGUAUAGUAAAAUCCUUAAUUCUGUAUAUAAUUUCGUCACUACUUCUGGGCACAAACCCGUUGUCAUUUAUAGGACAUGGACACCAGACCACUUUGAAUAUGGGGAGUGGUUUAGCGGCGGGGUCUGUAACAGGACCGUGCCAUAUAAGAUAGGGGAGUUCAACGGCAGUAAUGUCGACCAUGUGAUGAGAAAAAUCGAGGUGGAGGAGUUCAGAAGGGCGGUGGUGGUCGAAGGUUCAGAGACGGGGGUGCGCCUGAAACUCCUGGACACUUACGAACUCUCCUGGCUACGGCCUGAUGCUCAUUCGGGUCCCUACAGGAAAUUCCAUCCAUUCGACAAGGAUAAGAACGCGAAGGUUCAGAAUGACUGCCUGCACUGGUGCUUGCCUGGCGCAAUCGAUACUUGGAAUGAUCUAAUUAUGGAGCUCAUACUGGGUGAGUGAAGCUUUGUUUCUUUGCAUCCUCCAUACGUGUCGAGAUAGAAUCAUUCGAAAACCAACACCAGGAUUCUAAGAUCGAGUUCUGCAGCAGAUGAUUGGUAUGUAGUUCUCGUCCGUACGAGUGCAAUUGGAUUUAGCUUGUAAAUUUUGGGACUUGAGAAUCCUCAGUUGGGUUGCUACAGAUGUCUGGCAUUCUUUUGAUGGUGGAAGAGACGCUUAUUCUUGUACUAUGGAAUGUGGCAUUGUAGUCCAAAGUUUCUUUGCUGUGCAA